AAAAGGGGUAUCUGUUGCGAACGCGACAAUCCAGAUUUUUUAUAUUUCUUUCUAACCAUAAAAUAGAAUAAAAUAUGAUAGUUCAAACAUACUCGAGAACAGACGUACCAUCAAGGAGACAAACUUAAUGUAAUCCUAAACCCUUCAAGUAGGGCCAUCUGGGUAUUUUGACUUGCAUUUUUUAGCAGUCAAUUACUUCAAUUCGUUUCGAACCUAUAACGAUUAACUUAGGAUUACAGCAUGCAUGUGUGCCAAGCUAGACCAACUCCGAGAAGCGUAGGAAAAUUCCACAUCCAUUUUUCUCACGGCCGUAAAAUCGUUAAACCUAAAAAUCUCUCAAACAUAGAUGCGUUAAUAACAUGAACCAGAUAAGAUUUCGAAAGGCAAUAAGUUCAAGUAUUUGUCAAUGAUGCGAUACAUCCGGAACAUGCACCACAGAAGUCAAGUGUUAGGUACAGUUACGCCAAAAAGGGAAAACCACAACGCCUGCAAUCAAUGCAACAAUUUGUUCUCACCAGAGAAAGCAAUAAAAAAGAGAUCACAUUUCCUUCAGGAUCGCUUGACAUAAAACAGCACACCAGAACCAGAAAACCUCCUAGGAGAAUGCGUAGGCGUGGCAAAAAGGAAAAGGCUAGCGACACGAACAUAUGCGAAAAAGGAAGAGAAAAUAACCUUCCCAAAAUAGAACUUGAAGAAAUUAGUAUAUAAGAAUUCAUUUUGAAUCUGAAUAAACACUUACAAUUCUGACGCCUAACUGUGCACCCGUGUACAGAGUUUUUUGUCUGAACCGAUCAACUAACCUUCCGCGACUUCGCGAAUUUCAUAUCCGAAAUUAAUAAUGGUGGCUCCAGAGAGGAGUAGUGUAAAGAAAUAGGAAAACUCCAAAACUUUAUUUUUUUAUAUCUACUCCAGUGAACGAAGUGAACAAAAAAGUUAGUGAAUGAGUUUACACAAAAGGGUGUUAAAUUGUAACGUCAAAUCGUAUUUCUUACCGUUCUUGUGAAAGAACAAUUUCCUCCUCGUCCGUUAAACUCGUUAAUUAAACAAAACAAAAAAAAACUCGUAAUCUGAACCAGCAGUGUUUGUUUAUCAAAUUACUGAACAAUUGUGCUUGUAAUAAUUCAUCACAGCGCAGCCAAGGUCCAGACAAGGAGAACGUCACCCUGCGUCACUUCAAAAGGAAAUAAAGGAACUUAUCCAGAUUCUAAUUCGAUGAAACCCGGUACCUGGCUAAAGGGACGAGUAAUAGAAUUACAACCCGGCAAGGACGGACAAAUACGAUCUGUUAAAAUAAAAACAGCACAAGGUAUAUAUUGUCGUCCAGUUACAGGAGUAGCAAUCCUUGACGUUUAUAAACAAGAAAAUCUUAAGACUUCAAUAGACAAUUCCGCCAAAACACCUGAAUUUGUAGGUAUCAUGCAUGAACGAAACCCUAAAAAACCAUUAAGUACCUGCCAUAAUCAGGUAAAUGAAAACAAGAAAAACGAUCGCGAUGUUAAAUCUUUUAAACGUCCUUAUAAUGAUUUACCACCAAACGACACGCGCGUUUCAGACUCUAAACGAGGGCCGGGAUCGGAAAAGAAAUUAACGGGGAAUACCAUCAAAAAAUUUAACAAUAUUGUCAUUACUCUACUAAUGAUUUUGUUUCUUUCAGCUGAAGCAAUAGGGGAAUCAUCAAGGGGUUUGAUAGCGUAUGACUGCGCUAAUAAUGACAUAAACAUUACUAGCUACUCCCUUAUGGACGUAGCAUCAUGUAUCCCACCGGCCAAAAAUGUAACGACAAAAGAAAUACGCAUUCAAGUACUACAAAGAAGUCCGAAAACUAUAGUACAUGUUAGUCAAUGCAAAGUAAUAAUCAAACGCUCAAUUCGACAUUGUGGCGCCUUUUCUCACACUUCUGAUUAUGAAUAUGGGUACGCGUACAUCAUAAAGGAAUUUACACCAGUAGAAUGUAAAUUAGCUCAAACGUUAGGAGAAGUUUCUAUAUCUAUCAAUGCCAAGGUCAGGGAACUGCGUCGUAAUCACACCACCAGAGGGGAAGCACUCAUCGUCGGCAGCGUCACGGGAACCAAAUGCAGCGGCGGAACUUACCGGACAUCGAGCUACACCUGGGAAAGCGCAUUGGUAUAUUACGAAUAUGAAAUCGGAAUGUACGAUUACGUAGCCACGGCGGACAUCGAAAACGACCAGGUAACGCUGCGUAACGGGAUCAUCUGCAAAUAUACGACGGGUUGGUGUCUAGAUGCGGAAUACGGCUACCUUACGUGGAGUGUCGACUUGUCAAGACAAUGCGAGCACAACGACUUUGAAAUAAUCUACGAAGGUACUGUAAACAAAACCUUUGAUCAAAAUACUGACGUCAAAACACGAGCUAACGCAGUCUACACCUUAAUAUCGAAAGAGCAUAUGUUUUCAAUAAGGGCUCUCGAUGCUACUCAAAUAUGCGGCUUUAAUAGCUACGUAACCGAUCACCCAAAGAUUUUCAUUCUUGAGUUACAAGGAUAUCAAUCGCCUUUCAAACGCAGAGCAAUCGAUGGAAAAAAUCUCGACUUGUUCACCUAUUUCAAUUCAAAAAUCACGCUAGUAGAAAACUAUCUCGGUCAAAAGUUGAACGAUGUGUACACUACAGUUAUGACCGAAAUGUGCAAACUAGAUAAAGCACUUUUGGAGACCAAAUUAACACUUGCUCGCCUAAAUCCAAGUGAAUUCGUCAAGAAUCUCGUUAAACGUCCUGGUUACACAGCAGUCGUAGCAGCCGAAGUACUAUACAUUCUGGAAUGCAAACCGGUCUACGUCACUUAUGACAGCAAAGAAGAUUGCUAUCAAGAAAUUCCAGUGAAGUACAAUAAUCGCUCUAUGUUUAUGGCUCCAGUUACACGAAUGCUACAACUAAGAGGCACGCAAAUAGACUGCACACCAUUACUACCAGCGAAAUUUACAAUUGGUGGUAGGUGGUAUACUACAGAUCAUCGUCUGAGAGAAACGACAGCCCCACAACAACUGACCACUGAUAUCGUAACGAAUUGGGCAUACAGGAGUUUACGAUGCCGAAAGUCUCCAAAAGAUGAAGAACAUGGUAUAUGAACAAAGUGAUAAGAGAAUAGCAUCUUCAGUUCUACAUAAAAUGAUCGCGGGUCAGCAUCCUAACCUACAAGGGUUUACUUUCGACGCACUCGUAUCAGAAAACAUAAUUCACAACGCGUUUCAGAAAUACUGGUCAAAACUAGUAUCUUGGUCAACCUGGCUCGGCAACGUAACGUCAACAGCUAUCGGUAUCUAUGUAUUCGGAAGAGUUGUUAAAUUCAUUAACGAUACAAUAAUACAUGGCAGGAUUCUCUUCGAGAUCUACGGAGUUGGAUGGUAAUUGUUAGCAUCCUUUUAUGAUUCCUUGACAAAUCUGCUAUCUCAUCGAGGCCAUAGAGAACAAGCAGCCAACGUAGCAAGCCAACAAAAUUACGUCAGCAUCGCGCUAGAAAAACCACAAAAUGAAGAACUACCUAAAAUUCAGGUAAUACCGUGUCAUGGUAAGCCGAGUUUUCUGUAUCCAACACUUAAAACCGUUGCACGUCCAGUAGACCACGAGAUGACAACAGCAUGCGCACCGCCUUCACAGCAACCACUCAUCGGGCAGCAAGACGGUGAUUACGAACGCAAUUAACACAAAAUAUCGUAAAUUUAUACAUAUAUUCUUAUAAUUUUCUAUCUUUGCUUUAUAAUCUCCUAAAAUCUUAUCAUAGCGAAAGUCGCGUCCCUCGUAAAACUUGUAGUUUUACGUGGGCCGGUAUGUUGCGAACGCGACAAUCGAGUUUUAAAUAUAUUUCUUUAAACUCAUAAAACAGACUAGAAUAUGAUAGUUGAAACGUACUCAAGAAUAGACGUACCCAUCAAGUUAACAAACAUAUUGCAAUCCUAAACCCUUCAAGUAAGGCCUAAAAAAAAAAUAAAAAAAAAAUAAAAAAAAAACCUGAACGGAGAACGUCUCGAUUUUCUUUGAACGUCUUGGCCUUUCCUAGGAUUUGUUUUAGGUCUCAUCCGGGUCACUCUGCCCCAUCCGAAAAGUUAUUGAAUAAAUUGUGCCACUUUCUCUGCAUAGAUUCCCACGAACCGCGAAUACUAGCCGAAAGUUUAAUGUACAAUUUAUUAUGGUAACUCCUACCGGGCAGAAACCCAUCUUUUCCUAUAAAUCUGUUUUCGGUUGGAACUUAGGACACUGAAGGCCUUUCCUUC